UCAGUUCAAACGAAACGAAGCAAGUGAAAACAUAAAUUUUUCAGUUGAGCUCUUGAGUUCGCAUUCUAUAAAGUCGUUGAUUAUUUUAGUGAUUAGCAAGUAUAAUUAUUUUGGUCCGGUAGUAAUACAAAGACACAAAGCAAGAGACACGCAAGCAAAAUUGUGUGCAGUGAGAAGAGUACUCGAAAAUAACCUGUUUUUAGGGGGAAAACCACUCCAGUGCAAAAAUGGCAAGGGUGGUGAAAGUAAAUUGCGCAUCAGUUGUCAUUUUUUCAAUUUUAUUGUUGAGCCACAAUUUUGGAUGCAGUGACGCAAAGCGUGUUUUGAGUAGCAGCAAUCGUAAGACGGGAAGUGGUCGCACAAGUAGUAGUGGCCACGUGACCAAACCGAGUUAUCCAACCCAAAGUGGCAGUGGUGCAAGUAAUUCUCAUGCGGAUCUUGCCAAACUCAGCUACUCCGGCUAUAAUUCUGCACCGAAUCGUCCAGCAGCCGGAGGUGGAAGUGGUGCCACAAAUUCUCAACCGAUUGGUUGGAAUGUGCCGAAAUCGCAAGGACCACCGCCUUCCUACUCUGCUUCCAAUCCUGCAGGCGGUGCACACACCAACAUUCAUGAGUCACCUCCAGCAUAUCGGCCAAACAACGCCGCGCCACCAAGCUAUGGCAGCGCAAACAAUGUGCACACUCCCAUAACCGCCACUAACACACAAGGCGUUCAGAGCUCCUAUCCUGGCGCCACUUAUCAUUCCCCUGGCUCGCUGCCCGCUGGAGCUACCUAUUAUUCAUCGCCUGGCCAAUUACCUGCAGGAGCAACUUAUCAUUCACCUGGAUCGAUGCCAGCAGGUGGAGGCUACUAUCCACCUUCUGGACAUAUGCCUGCAGGAGGCGGUUACUAUCCCGGUGGUGGACAUAUGCCUGGUGGAGGCGGUUACUAUCCGGCUGGAGGCGGCGUGCCUGCAGGCGCCACUUAUGUUGCUCCUGGCGCUGCAUUGCCUCCGGGGGCUGUUUUAUAUUCAUCACCUCCGCAGCAAACCUCAUCAGGUUUAGGAUUUGGCUCUGGAUUAGCUGCUGGUGCUAUUGGUGGUGCGAUCCUUGGACACGUACUUACACCCACAAAUACACGAGUAGUGGAAUCUGCACCGGCUCCUGCUCCUGGUCAAUCGGGUACCAAUGACGACAAAAUCAUCAUUAUUAAUAACGGCCCACCGGGAUCGGUGACUACCACAAACGCUGGCGGCGCAACUGUAAUAACCACUGGUGUUGCUGGAGAAAAUGGCACCCAACCAGCAGUCGCACCCGCACCUGUCCCAGCACCAGGUGCUGCACCAGCUGAUGCCCCAAUACCCAACGUACCGCUCGCACCCUUAGGUGACAACACCGCAGCUCAACCGGCAAAUGGCGCACCCGAGCACGCAACACCUGCACCUGGCGCUGCGCCCGCCCAAGGUGCUGCUGCCGAACAACAACCACCACCAGGUGGCAUAAUUUGCGUGCCAGUGCGCAUUAACGAAACCGAUCCAGCAGACAACAGUAAAAUGAUUGAAGUCGAAAAAAUUGCCUGCUACCCAGCACCUCCACCACCACCGCCCGCAGCAGCUGGUGCGGAAAUGAAUGGCACUGCUCCGCUUAUGCCGGCAGUUGGCGAAGGCAGCGCACCCUUGGCACCGCUAAGCCCUGUUACCGCUGCUUCACAGCAAUUACAAGCAGGUCCGACACAAACACCAUUGAUGCCCGACAACGCUUCGGUGCGAACAAGUGGUGCCGCAUGGGUCAAUAACGCUCACUGCGGUUCUUUGGCAUCUAUGCUAUUGCCACUCUUGAUUGCUUUUGUUGGUCUGCGUUAAACUUGCUAAACUAUAAAUAACAUACAAAGCAAGCAGGCAAAGUUCAAAAGACGUAAAAUAAGAAAAAAGUAAAAAAUCAAUAUGCCUAAUGGGCUAAAGCUAAUUAAACUGUGUAAAGCAACUAUUUAAAGAUGUCAUUGGAAUGCGUAUACCUCUUUUCGUAACAAAUAAUUGCUUAUUUUUCCAAUACAAUUCGAAUCUAACGAAUCUCAGCAUGUUUUACAAUGCAUUUGUGGUAUUAAACAUAUAUAUUUUUUUGUAAUUAAGUUUUGUUGAAAAUUUGCAAAUAGUUAUCGUGAAGUAUUACGAGCAAUAAAUGCUUUAGAUGUUACAAAUUUUUAGUAUUGUUAUGUCACACUAAGUAAAUAACAAAUUGGCCUAAUAUGGCUGUCCGUUUUAGCCCAUAAUUCAACCUUUGUUGUCCAAAAUGUGCGUCGAAUAAUCAAUGCGGUUUUAUGCGUAUUUUUACACCUUGUGCUUCUUAACGUUUAACAUAAUUUGACUUGAACAUGAAACUCGCGCCUUUUGCAAUAUUAAUUAGGGAAUUUUCAAUAUAGUGGGGGAAAAACUGAAAGGCUUGGCGCUGCACAAAAUACACAGUAACAGUUGUCUUCACAUACGUAUGUGCACCCGAAGUAAGCAGUAAUUGACAUUUUGUCUUUGCAGCCAUAAAAUUUAAAAUCAAUCAAUCAAUAAAUUUUAAGAGAUAUUAAAUCGCAAGUACAGAUGUAUAUGCAUGUCAAAACUAAUAAAUACUCCAAUACUCAAAUUCAAUGCUCCAAUAGUCAGCAUUUAUGUAGAUAUUUUGGUAAUUUGAUGUAAUAUGCACGUAAUAAGUAAAACAUAAUAUUCAAUACAAUAAAACCAGCUUAUGUGCAUACAUACAAUGCACCCUGCACUAACCGCAAA